CAAAGCAUGGCUAUAGACGUAACAAAAAGUGAUGGCGACGAGAUCGAACCGUCAGCGACCUCGGCCACGGUAAAGUCAGCAGCAGCAGCAGCAGAACAACCGCUGCAAGAUCGUCGCAGGCCGUCCAUCACCUCCAGAUUGGGGAACCGACUCCUCAAGGUCGGCAGAUUGUUGUUCUGCUGUUGUUGUCGUCCGAAUAAUAAUGAUUAGAGUGGUACCCUGGUACCGCGAUGUGGCUCAUCCGCGUUUUCGAGCACCCUUGUGCCUCGUCGCAUUUUUUUUUUACAUUUUUCUUUUAGUUUUGUACCGACGUCCGUCGUUUUCCGCCGGCAACCUUUUAGUUGGCCCUCGCGAUUUUUGU